CGUCGGGAAAAAAAGUUCAACCAUCACCACCGCUACCACCACCACCACUCCUACCACCAUCCACCUCCAACUUACCCACCAAACACUGCCACAAUGCCUCACAAACACAAGCGUCGCCAAAAAGACGCCAACACCUACGACCUCCCACCCACCAUCAUCGCAAAGCCCCUUCCAGUGCGCGAUCCCAAGUCAAAACCCACUACGACCAAAAAGGGCAAACAACAACAGCCCCAAAAACCGCAAUCUGAGACAUCAGCAGCAUCAGCAACUAGCGCAUCCCGCCGAUCCAAAUCAAAUUCCAAACCAAAAUCCACCAACCCCACAGGAUGGGCAGACGAUACUCCCCGGGCCUUUCGCCGGAUGAUGCAAUUCCAGUCCGGUGCGAAGGGGGCGCAGAAGCGGAAGCGGAAUAUUGGUGGUUCCGAGGAUGAGGAGUCUGACUCCGAGGGGGGUAGAACUUCGGGUCAGAAGAAGAAGAAGAGGAAUGCGCCUACACCUACAUCUACGACUAAGAAAAUCGCCAAAGAAGCACAAAAGAAUGUAGAAUCAUCACCAUCAGAAGAAGAAGAGGUUCAAACAACCAAACCACAAAUCAUGCCGGGGGAAAAACUCUCCGACUUCGCGGCGCGCGUGGAUCGCGAAAUGCCCCUCUCCCACAUGAAGCGGAGCACGAAGCCCGCGGCCGCUGAUAUGCCCAAGAUCCGGGAGACACGGGUCACGAAGCACGAGAAGCAUCUCCGACGACUACAGGAGCAGUGGCGGAAGGAUGACAAGGAGAUAUUAGAGCGGGAGGCGGCGGAGCGGGAGGAACGGGAGGAGGAGAUGGAGGAGCAGUUGCGGUUGUGGGAUCAGUGGGAGACGGAGGCGGGGAAGCGGAAGGCGAAGAAGAGUGGCGGGGGAGCGAAGAAGAAGGAGGCGACGGUGGUGAGGGAUGAUCCGGAUCCGUGGGCGAAGUUGAAGCGUGAGCGUAUGAACAAGCAGAUUAGUCCGUUGGAUGUGGUGCAGGCGCCGCCGCAGUUGACGAAGCCGAGGGAGAUUUUCAAGGUGCGUGGGGGAGCCAAGGUGGAUGUGGCGAAUGUGCCGGCGGCGGUGGGGAGUUUGAGACGACGAGAGGAGUUGGCGAGUGAGCGGAGGAAUAUUGUCGAGGAGUAUCGGCGGUUGAUGGCUGAGAAGAGACGGGCGUGAUGGACUACUAAGAUCUAGAUUAUAGAUGGUAUAAUACCCGGGUGAAAGAAACGAAGAUAUUGGGUGGAAAUGCUUUUUAUAUACAAAG